AUGGCUUCGCAAGCUCUAGACGCGCCGGCCGACAGCGGCCGCGACGCGCAGACCGACGACUACGAGCACGAGCACGACCAGCGCGACGCGCGCAACCCGUACGCCUCGGCCAACCGCUGGCGGCACGCCGAGUCGACGGCCUUCUCGCGCUACGAGAAGACGCAUGCCCACCACUACCACCACGGUGCCAGCCCCGUCGCCCGCGACGCCCACUCGCGCGGCGGCGGCGUCAGCGACCUGGCCGACUUCCUCAACAAGUCGCGCGUCGAGCCCCCGAGCGCCGAGGCCCGCUCGCGCCCCGCCACCGCGCGCUUCAGGCCCGUCGUGGCCGGCGCGCCCGACGCGAGGGCCGCUGUCGAGGACAGCACUCCCGCUGCUGGCCGCCAACAACAGCCACGGGCCGGGCCCCCGCCGGACGGCAAGGAGAUCGUCUGCGGCCCGCUGCUGAAUUACCGCCGGAUGGACGGUGCCGUGUGGGUCGGAAGCGUGCUGGUGGUCACGGCCGGCGGCGGGCGCACGCAGCCUGUCGUGCCGACGCUCACCCUGCGCAGGGUCGGUGGGGACGGCAGCGGCGCGAGGACCGGCGUGGAUGUCCAGGGCAUAUGUCUCUACUCGGACGCGCGCAACACCUUCUGGCGGUUUGACCUUCGGAUUGAGAUGGAGGCGGCCGAGACCCGGUGGGAGUAUGAGCUGCCGGGGCUGCGGUUCGCCAGCGCGACGAAACCGCGCGUCAACAGCUUCUUCGUGCCCGCGCUCGACGAGUCCAUGCGCAUCAUGUUCUACUCGUGCAACGGGUUCAGCGUCGGCACCGAUGAGGAGGCCUGGAGCGGCCCGGCGCUGUGGAACGACGUGCUUCGCCGGCACCAUCAGCGGCCGUUCCACGUCAUGAUUGGCGGCGGCGACCAGAUCUACAACGACGGCAUUCGGGUCUCGGGUCCGCUCCGGCCGUGGUCCGACAUUGCGAACCCGAAGAAGAGGAGGGACCACCCGUUCCCGGAGAGCCUGCGCCGAGAGUGCGACGACUACUACCUGAGGAACUACAUCCGCUGGUACUCGACCGAGCCCUUUGCGACUGCCAACGGUCAGAUCCCGCAGUUGAACAUCUGGGAUGACCACGACAUCAUUGACGGAUUUGGAUCGUAUGUGAACGAGUUCAUGAAGUGCGACGUCUUCAGGGGCAUCGGCGGCACCGCGCACAAGUACUACAUGCUGUUCCAGCACCACCUCCCGCCGCCGCCGUCGACCUACACAUCAGAUUCUGUUCCGCCUGCUUCGGUCGAAGAAGCACAGGGCAUCGAUCCCAGCCAGUCCAUGAACGUAUACGUCCACCCGCGCAUCGAGGAGCCCAACUACAUCUACGGUCCACAGGCUGGACCGUAUGUCGCCGAGCAUUCCCACAACAUGUUUGCCCGGCUGGGUGCUAGGAUCGCCUUCUUGGGCAUCGACGCCCGCACCGAGCGCACGAGACACCAAGUCAACUACCCCGCGACGUACGAUGCCAUCUUCACCCGCCUGAAGCAGGAACUCCAGGCUGCGGCAAGCUCUGGGCGCCCGUUCAAGCAUCUGAUCCUGCUCCUGGGAAUUCCCAUCGCGUAUCCCCGCCUAACCUGGCUCGAAAACAUCUUCUCGAGCCCGGUCAUGGGCCCCAUCAAGCUGCUGAACCGCCGCAUGGGCAUCGGCGGCAGCUUCUUCAACUCGUUCGAUGGCAGCGUGGAUCUCCUGGACGAUCUCGACGACCACUACACGGCGCGCACGCACAAGAAGGAGCGCAACUGGCUGGUCGAGAAGCUGCAGGGCAUCUGCGCCCAGUUCUCGAUCCGCAUCACCAUCCUGAGCGGCGACGUGCACCUCGCCGCGCUGGGGCGGUUCUACGCGAACCCGCGGCUGAACAUCCCCGUCGAGCAGGACUACCGCUACAUCGUCAACGUCGUCUCGUCCGCCAUCGUCAACAAGCCGCCGCCCGCGGCCGUGGCCAACCUGCUCGCGCGCCGCAACAAGAUCCACCACCUCAACGACGAGACGGACGAGACGCUGCUCAGGCUGUUCGACAAGGAUCCGGGCGACAGCACCAAAACGGCGAGCCACAACAGCGUCACCAUGCCGAGCCGCAAUUUCGCCAUGCUCACCGAGAACUCGCCCAACAACAACAGCCGUGACGACCCCGCCGCGCCCGUUGCCGCCGCUAACGGCGACCCCGACCACACUAAUCCCGACCACAACAACAUCAACAACAACAGCAGCAGCAACAAACCCAAAGACGGCCACCACCCACUGCACGCGGGCGAGGUCAACUGCGGCACCAAGCACAAGGCGGCCGACCCGGCCCGGCACGGCCGCGCCGCCGACGGCGGCCUCGACGUGUGCAUCUGCGUCGAGAUCGACCAGCACGACCGCGCCGGCCGCACCGAGGGCUACGGCCUGACCAUCCCCGCGCUCGCGUACGCGGGGCCGCGCCCGCCCAGCGUCGAGGCGCUGCCGUCGCGCCGGGCGCAGCGGCCGCCGGCGAGCGCCGGGUCGGGAUCGGCGUCGGGGACUGCGUCGGUGUCUGCAUCAAUGUCUGCGUCCGCGUCGGUGGCUGUUUCGGCGGGGAGGAGUGGGAGUCGUGGGAGUGGGAGGUGA